UUUUUAACGUAUACAGAAUGGAAUGUGUCCUUAAUUGAAGUCCGUGUAGUGAGAGAGUUAAAGUAAUCCAAUACCAGGAUGUGGGAUUGGAGGUCACGUGAGUAGUCUGGACGAAUGGGGGAGCUCCACACUCGCAGAGAGGAAAUCUGGAAUGAAUAGGAGAGGCCUGAAUAGAAAGAGGAGUGUGAAAAUGUUUGAACAUAACGUAUUUAGAAUUCUCCUGAUUUUCCUGGCUUUUGCUGUUUAUACAACAAUGGUGGCUUUCAAUGCUAUAGCUGGUGCAGGACGACAAAGAAAUCUAUUCCUGCAAAGUGUGGGAAAUAUUUCCAACAAAUUCAACACAGACAUUACCCCAGCUGGAUGGACAUUUGCCUUAAUCUGGAAUGUCAUAUUUUUCUGGCAGUUCCUCUGGUUUGGAUACAUUCUUUCUGGAAUCUGUAGAAGGAGUCAAUUGGGAUGGAUGUAUCUGCAACCAAAUGUCUUCCCAGUGCCCUUCUACCUUGUUUGGAUGUUGAACAAUGUCUUAAACAUAGGAUGGCUUUUCCUUUGGGACAGAGAAUACCUCAUUCCUGCUCUGGUGUUUCUGGGUGCCAUUACCUUUACAAACUACAUAGUGCUCUUCAUUUCUUACCGAGCCCUCUAUCUUAAUGGAGACUGGUUACAUGCGCAGCGCAAAGUGGACUUGUGGCUUAUUCGCAUAUUAGCCCAGAAUGGUAUUGCUUUGUAUACAACAUGGACAACAAUUGCCUGCUUGUUAAACUUUGCCGUCUGCCUGACAUACAAUGGAGGAAUUAGCAGUAGUACAUCAGCCACUGUAGCUCUGGCCAUCCUGGCUUUUGAACUGCUUUUAUGGUUUUGCUUGGAAAACUUUGUGUUUGAUAAAUAUGUUAGAUACACAAUAACAGUAUAUCCUAUAGUCAUUCUUGGUUUAUCUGGAGCCUUGGACAAAAACUUCAUCAAAUCUGACCCGGACCAAAAUGGUAUUUUUAUAGCUGUGCUGCUUGCCGUGGCUUGCGCUGCAUUUGCCGUGCGACUGGUGUUGGUUAUUUGGAAGCACUUCAAAUAUCCACUUUAUGGACCCAUGUCUCACAGGAGCGCCUUCCCUCUGUCCUAAAUAAAAGAAAGAAGAGCAGUUA